GUGGAGUCAAAUGAUUAGUAUUAGUAAUAUUCAAAGUCGCUCAUCGCUAAUUAGAAUAUGGGCUCGAAGAGGGUGUCUAGUAAACAAAAGGAACUUACCUGAAUAUAUAAUAGGUACUUAACUCCUUUUGUUUACACUAAGUGUUUUAGCAAAUACCAUUGGCACUCAUAUUCCGGCUAAUGACUAAGUGUAAUCGCGCCAUAACAAUUUAUUACCUUAAUCAAAUAGUAUUAGGCUCAAAGUAUCACAUUUUAAGAAAUCGGAAACAAUGUAGAAGAGAAGUACCACAAACACCCAGGCUCUUGUCAAAUUAUAUCUAUAAAAGUUAAUAAAGAUAUAUUUAGCUAGCCUAGCCACUCAACCUUAGGUCAUCAACUUAUUAUGGAAGAAAGUUUAACUAUUGAGUAUAAUAUAUAUAAAUAUCAUUAGGGUUCCCUACCCAAAGGGUAAAAACAGUACCCUAUUACUAAGACUUCGCUUUUCAUCUGUCUGUCUGUCACCAGGCUAUAUCUCAUAAACCGUGAUAGCUAGACAGUUGAAAUUAAAUAAAAUUAAUUAUUAUGUGGGUUUUUUACUCGAUAUUAUAAUAUUAGAAACUAUUUAUACUUAGUGACUAAAUAAGACACUUUAAAUAGUAUAGUACUACAAUGUAAAGAUAUUACAUAUUAGUAUGGAAUCCUUUGGAUGGAUUUGGAUGAAUGGAUUUCGACUGCACUGUGCCAACCGGCCAUUCCAAAUAAAUUCAUCUAACUACAUAAUUCUUUUUUAAACCUUAAACUAUAGAGAAAAUAUUUAAACAGGUGGGUAAUAAAGAUAGCUAUGCUAUUUUUCAAUUUUAAACACUCGUUUGCCAUUCAGUGGAGAUCAGUAAUUAUGGCGUCGCAUCCAAAUGGGCUUACUGGAAUUUUAUUAUUUAGCUUUUGUUGUAGGCAUCAAGCAAGAUUGCACCUUAUUAACAUUAAACUGGACGAUAUACUUACUGUCAUGUUAGUGUGCAUUUUAAAUCAGUAUUGGUUUCUAUUGUACCUACAUAAUAAUAUAGAAUGCCCAUUGUCUACACGUAUGCUGGCACACAAAAUAUCGGUGCGAUGGACACAAGGUUUUGCUAUUCGAAAUUAUCUCUUAUCAGCUUGUGCGUUGUGUUCUGUUUUAAUAGAGGCGUAGCAUGGUAACUAUGCCUACAGCUUGUGGUGUUGUAUUCCAACAGAAUAAUGAUGUGGUCGCAUACCUUAGCCGUGAACCUGUCAGCUUUGUGAAAUCGCUGGAAUUCAUGCGGUGGACCUAUUUGCAACGGAUGGUGUUUAGUAAGAUGACGAACGAUUAUUCAACUUUUAAAAGAUUGAUUUUAUAUUAUCAUCGUCGGGUGUUAGUUUACUAGUUACAUCAUAAGUUUACAAUUUUAGUUUAAAAGAGAGCUAGUUAAUUAAAAGGUAGUAAUUAUUUGCCCAUAUCUCUGUUACCUUUGAAAUUAUUCGAUUUUAUGGAUUAUUAGGUAAUUAUAUAGAUACAAUAUUCAGAAAUAGCGCAAGUCCUCGGUGGGGUUAAAAUAAUGACUACAGAUAUAAGUUUCGGGUAAGCAACCUAAUAGGAAGAGCCGUUGCCGGAUAGUGAAAUGCCACGGGUUCGAGGCUCGUUUGUUCCUAACGCCAAUCUAUACAUAUUAGAAAUUUAGAACAGCUUUCAGGCAAAUGCAAUAAGUUUAUCGUUAUAGCAUUAAUUAAGGUCGUGCUUUACCAUUGUUUAUUAAUUGGCAGGAUGCUAACCACUCCGUUUUACAACGUACUUACUACAAAAAUCAAUUUAGUCCUACCUAUCUUCUUUCAUUAUCAUUCAGGGCUGGAUUUAGAGGUAUGGAGGCUUUACCACCACUACCAGGGGGCAACGAAGGUAAAUCUGGAAACCUGGCAUUUACUAUUUGCGCCCCCUCUGGUUGAUGAACCGUAGAAAUGUAGUUAUUCUUUAUCUCUGUUGUGGGGGACUCUGGGCCACAGCCUGCCCUGCCUAAUCCGGUUCUGAUAAUUGACUGUCGUUUCAUAUAGGUCAGUAAGUGCACUCAUAAGACGAUAUCGAUUGGUGUCACCAAUAAGUUAAAUCGACCAUGACUGGAAUGAAGUAAGGCUCUUACCGUUGUUCUUAAUACUUGCGAGGCAACGUGCUAACGACUUCCUUAAUCUUACUUAUACCACACAUGGACAGUUAUCAUGCAACUAACAUUAUAUUAAUACGUUAAGGAAAAUUUUUAUGACUACUUAAGUACCUAUAUCUUUUUAUACAAAUUUUGCGCUCAGAUUGCGAGCUUUUUGCAUAAUCAACGUUACGGUGAAGAGUGCAGCUAAUAUUCUUAUGAAAUAUUACAUUUGAUAUACUGAUAAAAAAAAGAGCAUUAACUACGUUGUACCUAUAUGUUUACCCAAAUGUACCUAUGCCCACUAAAAUACCCAUCUACACAUGUUGUUGACUACUUUAUUUUAAUUAUAAUAAUGUAUAAUAGAAGAUAAUAUCAGGAUAAAGUGUAUCGUACAAACAUUACUAUUUUUUGGUGGUGUUGUUUCUAUGACCAUCUUACGAAAAAUAAGGUUCCAUUUCUCCACGGCGUAGGGGAUUGGGUUCAGGUUUGCGAGGUGCGGUACGUCCAUAUCGCAUCUGCUACCUUCACAACUGAACUCCACUUACACUUAAUACUAGAUGGGGUGGCAUAUUAUAUUUUUAUUUUAAGCAUUAAACUAAUAAAAUUUUAAAAUUUAAAGAAAAUUUGUGGUUGUGAUAAUUUGCUGUGCCUUGUUUAAGAAAGAAUCUUUGUUACGUUUUAAGUCUAAUACCUAUUCAUAGUUUACAAAGUUGAAAUGAUCCCUUCCUACGAGACGAAAGUUUACAUAGAUAACCAAUUUUGUACUCGGGCGAAAAUGCGAGUGAAAAGUGCCAGUCAUUGUGAAGUGAUCGUGCGAUCUUGUGAAUCAAGUGAUCAAAUAUCAUUUUGAAAAGGCAUCAAAUUCAAUAAAGUUCCUUCGACGUAACAAAAUAGAGUUUACUCAAUGCAUGAUUCGAUAAACCAAUACUAUAGGCAGGCCCAUGUAAGGGCUUGGUACUGUAGUACUUUCUGAUGUAGGUGGCUUUAAUACAGCUCAUGUUUUGUCAAUAAUUUCAUCGGAUCUGUUCCACGAGACGGCCUCUAACUAAAGUCUUGGUAAACAAAUCCCCAUUUGAAUAGCAGUACUUCGCGUGCCACACUUGUACAGACGACAGUGACUCUGUAGCCGACCGACGGUAAAGAACGGCCAGCCAUAUUCGUCUCGUACGCCUCACGAAUUAUCACGUUCUAUGGUAAUUUAAAUUUGGUGGGUUCUACUAGGCGUUCGAUUUUCAAAUAUGUUGACUCUGUAGUAUCCGUAUCUCACGAGACGUCGCCAUUGGUGGACGCCCACUGUCUGUAUUCAAAACUACAAAAUUGUGAAAAAAAACAAUUGUCUAAAAGAUAUUUUAACGACGCAAACUACUUUCUAUCGCAGAUGUUCAUUAAACAUUUGCAGUUAUUAGAAUAGAAUAGAAUCGUUGUUGUAAUUUAAAAGUGGAAAAUGAUUAAUAUUUGUUAAAUGUGAUUUUUUGGUGAUAGGUAUAAUCUUAAUAAUGUUAUUGUGUGGUGUGAUUGAUUAGUGAUCUUCUUUAUGUUGGUACUUAUGUCUGUGAAUUCAGCUAUGAAAUUGGAUAACUUCGGCUUAGAGAAAUUGCAGACGGCGGAGCGCAGCGCGGGCUGGGAAACGCACCGAGUGCGCCUGAACAGGGUCCCGGGUUACGGGUUCGGCAUAGCAGUAUCCGGUGGAAGGGACAACCCACACUUCGCCAGCGGCGACCCCUCUAUAGCUGUCUCCGACGUGCUGAGGGGGGGACCUGCUGAAGAUAAAUUACAAGUGAACGACAGGAUAGUGUCAGUGAACGGGGUACCAUUAGAGAAUGUGGAGUACGCUCGCGCGGUGCAAGUGUUGCGGGACUCCGGGGCGGCGGUCUCCCUGGUGGUCAAGAGGAGAGCGCCCGCCCCGCCUCCCACCGCGCCUACCACCAUCAAGCUGUCCCUCUCUAGGAAUGGGAAGAAAGAAGAUUUCGGGGUAGUCUUAGGUUGUAAGCUAUACGUGAAAGAGCUAACUAUGAGAGCUCGAGAACAGCUCAACCAAGCGGGGCAAGGGUUAUGUGAAGGCGACGUUGUGACCAGGAUCAACAAUAAUCCCGUGACCGACGCUAUGACGCUGAAGGAGGCCAGGAAACUCAUAGAGAGCUGCAAAGAUCGCCUUAACCUGGUGAUCACAAGGGAACUCAUCAGAGAGGAAACGGUCACCAACGGCAAUUACCAGAACAAUUACAACAGUCUAGAAGCUCAACCUCACAACGUAUACGCGGGUACAGAGGCCAUAUCCACCGCGUACUCCAGCAGUGGACAAAAUUUAUACGUCGCAGCCCCAGUGAGGGGCAACGAGGGCAGAUCUGGCAGAGGACAGAUGCACGAGCACGAACAACCGCCCCGACCUCCCCCGCCUAGAAACGAAGAUUACUACAGCAGUAGAAGACAGCUAUACGAAGAGGAUGGAGGAGGUGCAGUCAAUCAAAGGAAUAAACCACCAAGCGAGCCCCGCCUAAUAAGUUUCCAGAAAGAAGGCUCGGUGGGUCUCCGUUUGUGUGGUGGGAACAGAUCGGGGGUUUUCGUAUCAGGGGUGCAGCCCACAAGCCCUGCCGCCUUACAAGGGCUGCAGCCCGCUGAUAAAAUACUCAAGGUUAACGAUAUGGAGAUGAAGGGCGUGACUCGCGAAGAAGCUGUCUUGUUCCUUCUAAGCCUUCAGGAACGAAUAGAUCUCAUCGUGCAACAUUCGCCCGACGAAUACAACGCCGUGGCUAGCGGGCAGAUGCCGGGAGAUUCGUUCCACGUAAAAACCCAUUUCCACUACACGGAGCCGACGGACGGCGAGAUGUCUUUCCGCUGCGGCGACGUCUUCCACGUGGUAGACACGUUACACAACGGAACUGUGGGCGCUUGGCAAGUCUAUAGGAUAGGUCGCAAUAACCAAGAAGUCCAAAAAGGGACGAUUCCUAACAAAGCGCGGGCAGAAGAAUUAGCCACGGCACAGUUUAACGCAACUAAGAAGGAAAUGUCCGGCAACGACGUCAAACACAACUUCUUUAGACGGAGGAGAUCCACUCAUCGUCGCAGCAAGAGUCUUGGCAAGGAGCACUGGGACGAAGUAGUGCUAUCAGACAGCAUCAGCAAAUUCCCCGCGUACGAGCGCGUAGUACUGCAACAAGCAGGGUUCGUGCGGCCCGUCAUCGUACUGGGGGCCAUCGCCGACCUGGCGCGCGACAGGCUGCGAACCGACGCGGCCGACCAGUUCGCUUCGCCCAAAAUGGACAGCAACCUAGAAGACAACAAGAGCAAAUCCGCCGGCAUUAUCCGUCUCUCCAGCAUCAGGACUAUAAUGGAGCGAGGGAAGCACGCGCUGUUGGACAUCACGCCUAACGCUGUGGACCGGCUCAACUACGCCCAGUUCUACCCUAUAGUCAUCUUCCUGAAGGCGGACAAUAAGCAUAUUAUAAAGCAACUGAGAGCAGGCCUUCCUAAAUCGGCGCACAAAUCUUCGAAGAAACUUCUCGAACAAUGCCAACACAUGGAAAGGGUUUGGGGUCACGUAUUCACCCACACUAUAACCCUGAGCGAGGCCAACCAGAACACUUGGUUCAACAAGCUAGUCGAUCUAAUACAGAUUACCCAGCAACAGCAACUUUGGGUGUCGGAAACUAAGAGGCCAGAGCCGCUGUCGGACGACUUUUUGUUCUCAAUGUCCUCGAGUACGGAGAACCGAUUGUCUUACGCGUCGAGUCCAGAGAGUGAUUUGGAAGUGAGUCCACCGCCGGCGCCGCGGCUAGUCAAGUCAUCGUCGGACCCGUCCAUAGCCACGACUCAAGACAACAUGGACCGAGACGACGACAUGGGCCAUAUGGCCGAUGCUGUGCCGCCUCCUUACACGCAGGGAGGUUACGGGGACAGCAAGUACGGUUUCUCGAACACUAACGGCACGAACAACGGUCACGAAGCACCCCCCUACCACGGUGGUAUGACGCAUUCGCCGCCGCACUCACCGUUGUAUGGAACGGUGCCGGAGUUACCGCCAAGAGGAACUGUGACUAGACCAACUGGCGGAGUGUUAUUACCUGCCCCGCCGCCUGGAAGACCCCCGCAUACAUUGAGGCAUAAUCCACAGAAUAAUCGACCGAGUGCACAAGAGCGCUUGUUUGGACCACCCAAAGAGGCGGGCAGCGACGAGGCGUCCACAUACAACGCGCGGCCCACCAGCAUGAUAGUACAAUCUACUCAGGGACAAGGAUCUUUGGACAGGCAUCGACAUCCUUCGAACCCGCAAAGCUCCUACGACGGUACGCCAUCGUACGACUACAGUAGUUCUAACAACGGUUCAGCGAUGGGCUCUUGCAGGCUUCCACCGAACGCACCAGACGAUCUCAAAGUUGCGCCGCCACCAUCAAAAAUGGAACCACCUCCGCCUCCGAAUCCCACAGCUAUGGCUACACAAAAUUCACAACGGAAUUCCAACUCUCACGAACACAACUCGCUCGACUACAGAAACUCGGAAAAUAGUUAUAGGUCACAGGACAACUAUCGGAGUCCGCAGUCGAAUCGACCCCCGCCCGUGAACGGGAAUAGUCCCCACACGCCAAUGCACGCGCGUGGCCCUUCGCUGCCCAACGUGCCUUGUAACGACCAUGCCAAAUAUAGUAGCGGACGAACUAACUCCGCCUCCCAAGCGGAUUACAGUGGGCGGACAGGCGCGCCCGUCCCGCCCUACAAGCCGGUGCCGCCGCCCAAACCGAAGCAUUACCGUCCACCGGACAACCCGCACCAUCCCAGGAACGGGAGUAUGGACCCGUCAGCGGCGAGUCCCCCCCGCGCGCCCCCGCCCGGCGCCUACCCCCCGCACCCGCAGUACUCGCACCAACACUCGCACUCGCAGCCCGCGCACCGCCCCCACAACAACUACCAUCAGCAGCAAAACAUGUACGGUGGUCAAAUGCCGCCUCAGUCGCCACCUUACUCCGGGCCCCCGUCGCACCAUAGAGCUAUCAAUCUACCACACAACCCGCACCUUAUAGAUUUAGCUGGUAGCAGAGAACAAAGGGGUUCGGCUUUCGAACUUUACAGGAAACCUCAGCACAUGCACAACUUGAGUUCAUCCGACGCCAUGAAUUCAAGUGUGGAGCGCGACGAGUCGUUCUCACCAAAAACUAAAAAGAAAUUAUCGAAAAAGCCGUCGUUCAUAAAGAACGCAGUUCUUGAUUUGUUCCGUUCGAAAACGAAAAACUCGCAGAAAGUCGCUCGACAAAAGUCACUUUGCGAGAGUGACUUGCAGCAGAGACAGUUACCCAAUAUGCCUAUGUUAAGACGCGAAAAGUCUGAUGUGAGUGACUUAAGUAUACACAUGAGAAACACACAAAUUAGAAAUCAAAUGUUGCAGAGAAGCAACUCGUCUUGCGAAAAACCCAUAUUGAAACCUAUACUAAAACGACAAAGUUCAUUUUGCGAUGAAAGAAAUGGAUCUAUAUGUACAGUUAGAGAUUAUGAUGCUAAACCAGUGGUAAAGAGUCUGCGAAGGCAGAAUUCCAUGUGUGACAUAGAAACAGAACCGAAAGUUACCCCAUUGUUACGUAGACAAAACUCAUUAAUAGAAUACAAUAGAAGAGGUAUAUAUGGGCAGACACAUAGCUUUAAUAUGAUAACCAAAAUAGACCCCAUUUACCAAAGACAACAGCAAGUAAAUCAUGAACCAUUCCAUCCUACCCAACCACUACCUCCAGAACCAAUAUACCAAAGUAAAGAACAUAUUAUAUAUGAUCCCAUUCCAAAGCCAAGGAGAACUUAUGCCUCAUUGUAUGAUACCUCAAGUGAAAACCCUUAUGGAACUAGAUCAGAAGCAUCUAACACUAGUUAUGAAAAUCCUUAUGCUAAUCGUCAGACUAUGGCCAUGCCUUUAAUGGAUACAUCUUAUGCUAGCAGACCUGAAUGCGUAAGCGAAAGUCCGUAUGCUACUAGAGCUGAUUGCGUAAGAGAUAAUCCCUAUGCGACUAGAAAUGAACUGAUAUCUGAGAGCCCCUACGGCACUAUAAAACAAGAUAUUAAUCAAUCAAUAAAUAAGCAAUCGGAAUCCCUUUAUAGUGAAUCACCAUAUUCGAGUAAAGAGCAAAUGCUCAGACAAAGAAUGGUGUCUGAAAGUCCUUAUUCGACCAAGGAGGAAAUGUUACGACAGAGGUUCUCAGAAUCCCCAUAUAAUACUAAGGAAGAAUUAUUAAAACAAAGAAUGGAUGGUUCGUUUACAUCAAAAGAACCGAUAUAUGGCAAAAGAACAUACGAUCCUCCUCCAAGUACAUCUUGGUCAGAAAAUUCUUAUGGUGUACGGCCUGAACGGAGAUUGCAGACUCCUCCCGUUAAUUAUUCGAGUAGGGUUUCUCCGAUGAGCAAAUGCAUGAGUGAGCCUCCCUAUGCCACGCGAACAGAAAUGAUGGCUCGGUUAGCACAAACGGAAUCACCAUAUGCUACACGAUCAGAAGUAAGAUCUAGUUGUUCUGAGACUCAUUAUAGUAGCAGGCAAGAAAUUUCUGAAGUCAGACAGGAUAUUCGACCUGCCUCAGCAGAAUGCACAUAUGUGUCGAAGCAAGAAAUAUUGUCUCAAAAAGCCGCCUUUCAGGCUAGCAAGGACUCUACUUAUAGUAUUCGAUUAGAAGAAAAAUUAGAAAUUAUCAAACAGAGAAAUCAAGCAAAAAAAGAUUUAAUAUACCAGUCCAGAAAAGAGGCCAACGAAAGUGAUGCGGCUAAAAUAAGAGAGCCUUUGUAUGUAUCUAAAAGAGAAUUGAAGGAAAGUGUAAUUUAUGAGUCUCAGCAAGAAUUGAAAGAUGCGCCACAAGCACCUGUGCACCACGAAGAGGUUGGUAGUUCACGCAGUAGUCCUUAUGAAUUAAGUGAUGCCAAUCAUUUAUCCCGGCGUGAACCUUUAUAUCAAACCAAAGCUGAAGCGCAAGCAGCUGUGGAAAAUGAAACAUUCCAAGAGAUAGAUUUUUCAAAACUGAGGUUAUCUGAAUCGAAAACUGACGCUGAGAAAGAAAAAUCUCUCAACUUGGAAACAAAUGUAUUAAAAGGAGAACCGAUAUAUGCACCUAGACUGCUUGGCAAGGCUGAGCAUAUUUCAAGUGCUUUAAAAGCAACAACAACACCAAUUCCUUACGAAUCUUCAACAUCAAUAGAAACGCAUUAUGCCUCCGAGUGUAGUAUGAAUUUCGAGAAUAAACCACAAAGUACUCCAUAUGCUUCGCAAGAUUUACAAGAUCGUGUGGCGAAACCGAAUAGAACAGUAACGUUUUGUGAACAGAUAUUAGAAAAAAGUCAAGAGACCAGUCAGGAGAAUUCAGAUAAUACUUCCAAUAGCCAAAACGAGACCACUAUUUGUCAGAAUACAGUUAUAAAUGCUGACGCGAACGCGUCUGGAGUAAAAACGGAUGAAGUUCAACCUGACGGUCCUCAUACUACUUGGGGUAUAUUUGAUAGUGAGGGUGGGGUACUUGAAGACAGGCAAUGGGGUGUCUCAUUAAUAAUACCUCCAAAAGCGAUCGCUCCUGGGAUCAAGCAAAAGAUUUACUUUACGGUGUCAGAUCCAAGAUUGAGUCAGCGAGUGGGAGGACCGCCCAUCGAUAUGGACAACGGUGAAGCAAUGCUAUCUCCACUCGUGAUGUGUGGUCCCCAAGGCCUGGUCUUCUUGAGGCCUGUGACUCUCCGCCUGCCACAUUGCGCCAACGCCGUCCCCUCCCUAGGUCUCACAAUUAAAGCCACAGAUACUGAAGCACACCUCAGCACUGAUUGGGACCAAAUUCAUUUACCCGCUACAACUACUCUGAACACAGUUGCUGUUAAAGUCGACCAUUUCUGAUCACGUAAAAAAAAUCUAUAUUUUUUUUAAGUCACUAGAUGUUAGGAUCCUAUGUUUUCAAGUUUAGUUAAGCAAACAAUAGAGCAUUUAAAACUUAAUUUACAUCUUAGUGUCUGUAAUUAGUAGGUACGGACAGCCACAGAUCAAGUUGCCCAAUACUGUAAAUUUUUUUCUAAUGAUUUUGAGCUUUAUAUUGCUUGACAUAAGAUUUACAAUCUAUUAAGAUUCAUAGUUAUUUGUUACUUGUUGUGUGGCUAUCUGGGCUUACUUUUUUAUUGAGACUGAAAGGUUAUGAAUAAAGAAAAGUAAUAAUUUGUCACAAUAGCUAUUAAAACAGCUCAUUUGUUUGUUGUUUUAAAAUAAUAAAAUAUUGUUUUCCUACUGAUUCCUUAUCAUUGUUUUUAUAUCGGAACCGCUUUGUUGCUAUAUUAUUUAUAUACAUAAUUAUAUUGUAAAAGUAUAAUAUUAAAAUAUAUUCAAAAAGGGUAUUGAAAAUGUCCUGAUUUCUAAAAGAAGUAAACGUUAAUUAUAGCACAAAUUAUUUGCGACUUUAGGUCAAGUAGGUGACAAAAAGUCAGGACAAAAAUUGUUUUAUAUAAAUUAAGAAAAUAAUGAUCAAAAUAAGAUAAACAAACUGAUUGGCGUUGGAUGCGUAUUCCACAAAUUAUUUGGCAUGUUAUACCCACCUAAUAAAUAAAACUGUUUGCCUUUGUGAGUUAGUGGUGCUAAAUGCAAGGUUACGUAAAAUAUAUUUGUGUAGAUUUUAAUUUUAUUUGAAUCUCCAUAACUAUGAGCUUAAAAUUGAGUGAAAAUAGGCAGCUUAUAGAGUAACUGACGCUUUAAGCAAAAAAUAAAUCAUUUAAUCGUCACUCUUCGUUAUUUUAAUGUUUAAGCAAUGCCUUACCAUACUUAGUUUACUUAAAAAAUGUAGUUUAAGUGAUUCAUGUUCAUAUACUUAUAUUGUAAUAUUAUUAUUUAAUACUUUUAAUUUGUAUUUAGCAAUAGAUGUCAUGUAACGGAAUAUUAGGAUUGUAACAAAAUUUGGAUAUUUUUGUAUUUUCGCUUACAUAAUUUUUGGAUGGAUCUGUUGUUGUGUUUUAUUGAUGGUGGCAAUAAUUGUAAUUGUGCUAAUUGCAAUCAGUCGAAUGAUAAUGAAUUUUUAAUAGUAUCGGUGUUAUUUGAAACGACGUAUACCUAAAUCAUUUAUUAAAAAUGAUAUUUUGUAUAUUUUAUUGUUAUUAGCGAUAACGAUGAGUUUACUUAUAAUUCGAUGAUUAAAUUUUAUAUAUUAAAAAAAACGUUAUUUUUUUC